GCAACUUUGCAACUCAAGACUGACGAGAGUCGGUUGCUAAGAUUCCUUGAGCACAUCCCCUUGGCACUCUUCCCGGUUCCCUCCUCCAAAUAAACUUUGCUCAGCUCACACAGCUGAGGGUGGCAGGAACUUUCUGCGUGAGAAAAACUCCUCUGGAACGGGAGAGAGAAGCUCAUUGUUUCCUGGGGAGUCCAGAUUGAGAGGCAAUCUCCAUGACUGCAACGGGGGACCAUUUUGGUGGCAGGGAUGGAAGACCAUUCCAUGUUGUGACGCCUGUCCUGGAGAGCAUCACCCUUUCCGAAGCUGCGGGCACCAAAGUCUAUAUGAAGAUGGAGAAUGUCCAACCCUCGGGUUCCUUCAAAAUCCGGGGCAUUGGCUACUUUUGCCAACAGGUUGCCAAAAAGGGUUGUCAGCACCUGGUUUGUUCAUCAGGUGGCAACGCUGGACUUGCUGCAGCCUAUGCUGCCCAGAAACUUGGCAUACCUGCCACCAUCAUCGUCCACGGAAGUACUCCACUGUCGACGGUGAAUAAGCUAAAGAAGUUUGGUGCAGAGGUGGAGAUCUGUGGGAAGGUGUGGGAUGAUGCUGAAGAAAGAGCUAAGAGGCUGGCUGAAGCUGAUGGCUGGGUCAAGAUCCACCCUUUUGACCACCCAUUGGUGUGGAAGGGCCACAGCACUCUGAUCAAGGAGCUGAGGGACUCGCUGGAUUCCAAGCCAGGAGCUAUUGUGCUCGCUGUGGGCGGAGGUGGGCUGCUCUGUGGGGUGGUGUCUGGUCUGCAAGAGGUGGGCUGGCAGGAUGUGCCCGUCAUCGCUGUGGAGACAAGAGGUGCUGACAGCUUCAACGCAGCCCUCAAAGCAGGACGGCUCGUCACUCUGCCUGACAUAACCAGUGUGGCCAUGUGCCUGGGAGCCAAGACAGUGGCACAGAGGGCUCUGGAUUGUGCCCGCGAGUGUUGCAUCAUCUCUCAUGUGCUAGAUGAUGUGGAAGCGGUGAAAGCCAUUGAGCAGUUCCUGGAUGACGAGCGCAUGCUGGUGGAGCCUUCCUGUGCUGCCACCCUGGCUUUCCUCUACUCAGGCUACCUCCAGCAGCUGCAGGAAGAGGGGCGGCUGAGCCGGCAACUGGACUCCAUUGUCGUUAUCGUCUGCGGUGGGAGUGCCAUCCAUGCGGAGGAGCUCCGGGCCUUGAAGAAUCAGCUGGGGAUGAAGUGAAGGAGGGCAGCUCUUGACAUGCUGGCAAAUGAACCUAUCGCUGGCCAGGAUUUUUUUAGUGCACUUAGAGCAGGGGUGGGGAAGCAGCUUUUCCAGCCUGAAGGCCACCUUUCCCUCUGGGCAGCCUCCCAGGGGCCACGUGGCAGUGGGGGGGGGGCAGAGUCAAAAUCGGGGAGAGCAAGGGAUGAAAACUUUCCCUUUACACAGGGGGCUAUUUUCUACACACACACACACACACCUCUCUAUACUCCAUCCAUCCAGGCAGGCAAAAGGCAUUAUUAGUGCUCAAAUGUAUUUUCCACCCAUGCAAGUAUAUUGGUUGAUGUUCUUUCCUCUCCCAGAGCUACAAUCCUUAGAGUUCCCUGUGAAGCGGGAGUUGUUUACCACACAAAGCAAUAGGGGUCUUCCCACAAUUCUUGGCAUCCCUAAUGAACUACAGUUCCCAUUAUUCUUUAGGGGCGGGGAAGCCCCGGCUGUUUAAAGGAGUAUGGUCCUGCCAUUAUAUGUAUAGUGCAGACAAGCCUCUUGGGCUUGCUGAUAGGAAGGUUGGUGGUUCAAAUCCCUGUGAUGGGGGUGAGCUCCCAUUGCUCUGUCCCAGCUCCUGCCAACCUAGCAGUUCGAAAGCACACCAGUGCAAGUAGAUAAAUAGGUACCGCUGCGGCGGGAAGGUAAACGGCGUUUCCGUUUGCUGUGGUACUUGUCAUGGUCCUUGUCACAGUCUGUGGACAAAAGCCGGCUCCCUUGGCCUGAAGCGAGAUGAGCGCCACAACCCCAUAGUCACCUUUGACUGGACUUGCCCGUCCAGGGGUCCUUUACCUUUUACCUUUACCUUUAGUGCAGACUCUUGAGAGGCAAAAUCUACAAGCACCAUUCUUUUCAAUUCUCUGUGUAGGUUGAGAAACCAGCCAGCUCCCCUCUUUCAGUGUUGUAAGUCUCCCACUACCUACCCCACCAUAAAUCUUCCAGAGGAUGCCUACGUGGUGUAGUGGUUAAGAGUGGUAGACUUGUAAUCUGGGGAACCGGGUUCGUGUCUCCGCUCCUCCACAUGCAGCUGCUGGGUGACCUUGGGCUAGUCACACUUCUCUGAAGUCUCUCAGCCCCACCCACCUCACAGGGUGUCUGUUGUGGGGGAGGAAGGGAAAGGAGAUUGUUAGCCGCUUUGAGACUCCUUGAGGGUCUCAAAGCGGGAUAUCAAAUCCAAACUCUUCUUCUACGUACAAAUGACUCGAAAUGGCAGAUAUUGGCUAAAUCAGGCAUCCCCAAACUUCGGCCCUCCAGAUGUUUUGAACUACAAUUCCCAUCUUCCCCGACCAUUGGUCCUAUUAGCUAGGGAUCAUGGGAGCUGUAGGCCAAAACAUCUGGAGGGCCGCAGUUUGGGGAUGCCUGGGCUAAAUGUUGCGGGGAGGCUUCCUAAGGUAUAACUUUUUCAGCAGGGGGCCAGUCCAUGUCCUUCAGACCUUGUGGGGGGCAGACUAUAUUUUUUUGGGGGGGGGGAAUGAACAAAUUUCUAUGCCCCACAAAUAACCCAGAGAUGCAUUUUAAAUAAAAACACACUGAAUCCCGGACCGCCCGCGGGCCAGAUUUAGAAGGCGAUUGAGCCAGAUCCAGCCCCUGGGCCUUAGUUUGCCUAUCCAUGCUCAAGAGUCUGGGAAGCAAUCUGUUAGAGUUGCUGUUGUGGCUUCUUGCGUCACAGACCCUGCAAUGGGCUGGUGUGUGUGUGUGGACCAGCUGACCGCAGGGGUCCCUUCCAUCUCGAGAAUUAUUUCAUAAGCAUAUGAUUCCAGCGACUUACCUCGCAGGGUUGGGGUGAGGAUGAAGAAGGUGACCAGAUGUUGUAGAAACCAUCGCUGCAAAUAAAAGCCAGCU